AAAAUUCACCCCAUUAAAAUAAAAGAAAUAUGAUUAAUACUUAAUUAUAAUUUCCUAGGCUGGCACGCACAGAAUCUAACACAUAGCUCUGCUUCCAAUUUGUUUUUGGCUUUUAUGUGCCCCAAAACAUAUAAAAUAACAACUAAAUAUGUCAGAAAAGUCCAUAGGACUGCAUCGUUCAUCCCAACAACACUGGUCAAAAAGGUAUACCACCAUUAACUCCGCGAAAGCUUCAACGAUUGCGAAGUCAACACUAUCCAUUACUGUAGUGGACACGCCUCCCACUAAAACACCUUCAUCCGUGCCAUGUCCAUAAUAAAGAAAGGAGCAAUUGGGUUAGGGAGGGCGAUUGAUGGAGGAGAAGCAGCAGAAGGCCCGAACUUUGGUGCAGCGCCUGAGCUCCGUCGCCGCGGAAUCGAAGUCCGCUGCCGAAGCCAUCGCGGAGAUCCGCCGCCUGUCGAAGCAGGACCCGGAGAUGCGCGCCCCCCUCGCCGACGCCGGCGCCGUGCCCCUCCUUGCCGCCCGCCUCCUCAACCACCACCACCAUCACUCGUCUGCGGCCGAGGCCCAGGAGAACGCGGCCGCUGCCCUCCUCAACCUCUCCAUCUCCGCCCGCGAGGCGCUCAUGUGUACCCCGGGCAUCCUCGACGCCCUCGCCGCAGCCCUCCGCCUCCUCUCCCCCGCCGCCGCCCAGCACGCCGCCGCAACCGUCUACAGCCUCCUCUCCGUCGAAGCGUACCGUUCCGUCAUCGGGUCAAAGAAGCCCCUCAUCGCCGCCCUCGUGGACCUCCUCGGCGCUCCCGGCGCGCCGACUAGGUCCAUCAAGGACGCGCUCAAGGCCCUCUUCGGCCUGGCCCUCUACCCGCUCAACCGCACCGCCCUCGUCGAGCUGGGCGCCGUGCCGCCCCUCUUCGCGCUGGUGGUGAAGGACGGGCGGAGGGGGUUGGUGGAGGACGCGUCGGCGGUGAUCGCCCAGGUGGCAGGAUGCGACGAGAGCGUGGAGGCGUUCCGGAGGGUGGACGGCGUCAGCGUCUUGGUGGAUCUGGUGGUUGGGGGGAGCGGGAGGGCGAGGGAAAACGCUGCGGCUGCGCUGCUGAACCUGGUAAAGAGCGGCGGGGACAAGGCGGUGGGGGACGUCAGGGAGGUGGACGGGGCGGAGGCGGCCGUGAGGGCUCUGGCCGGCGGCGACAGUGGGGUGAGCGCGAGGGGAAAGAGCAAGGCGGAGGCUCUGCUGACGGUUCUGGAGAGCCGGCGGGGGAGCCAGUUGCAGCGUAUUGAUGAUUCCGAAACCGGCACCGAUGACUCCGUGCCGCAUACGCCGCUUUCUUAUUCUUCUCCCACUUCCUCCCCGUAAGACUAAAAAGUCAAUAGUUGCAUCCCUCUCCAUCCACUAAUUGAUUUUUGUUCACAAA